GUGUGUGUGUGUGUGUGUGUGUGGGAGGGUAAGACAAGGAAAGAAAAAAAGAAAAAAAGUUAAGAGCCUGCACAGUGGAAUGGGCGUGGAGGUUUCACACAGUUUCACCCCCGUGGCUCUCGAUCCUGUCAUUCAACAACUUAUAUGGCACCGGGACAGGUCGCCUCUUCUGGGCCUUUUUUAGUUCCUGCGACGAGCGACAACAAGGAGCCGGUAUCUGGAUGAACACGCGUGGAAACGUCAACUGACACUUUUCACGUUGAAAGCUCGAAAAGAAAAGGAGAACCUCCAUGCGGCAGGCGUCGCCUCAGACGAGAAGACGAUACGCCUGCUGCCGAACACAUCACCGAGCCUCUCUGGGACCAACCGGGGAAUCGAUCUGUGGACAGCGGCUUCUGAACUCGGUCAGAAAUGUCCUACUCACCCCACACGUCCAUAGCAAUGGACAAGAGCCCACUGAAGACCACGCCGGGGUCGGCAGAUACAGACACUUGCCACCGAGCAGCUGGACAGGGCCUCGCAUCCUGCUGCCAUGACGAGCACCACAGGAAACUGGCCGUGUGCAGCAUCGUCUGCGGGUUCUCCUGCAUCGGGAUCAAAGCGCUGAUCAGUUCAGUCGAGGCGGAGCAAACGGAGGACCCAGAGACGGCGGCGAAGUUUUCCCGACGGGCGAGAAGACUGGGCAUCAUGUCCAUCGUACUGUGGCUUCUCUUUUUGUGCCUGAUCCCCGUGCUGAUGGCACUGGUCUCGUAUCUCGUCACUCUGAGAGACUGAUCCCACUUUUGUUGAACCUCUUCUGACUUUGGACGUCGACGGAGACAGUGGGCUGAACAAAGUCGAUGGUCGUUGCCAUGAAGAGACUUGGUAGUUACAUGAAACACAAAACACUUUCCUGUGCUGCUGUCAGAGUUGACAUCUUUCUACUUCCUCUUUAACCAUUUUAUACAAGGAAAAAAUAAGUGUUAUAAGUUUUUUCUUACAUGAUGAAAUAUUUAUUUAAUAUAGGAACAUAUGGACAAAACCGUAGAAAAAAACAAUUAUUACCAUGGUUUGAGACAUGACACGCAUAUCGAAGAACCGUACGCACCUUUAAAUGCCAUUACAAUUUUAAAAUACACUUCUUCUUUUUUUUUUGAUACUUGCAGAUAUUUAGAAAAGGUUUUUUAAUAAGUUUGUCAACCCCUGAAAUUUUAAAACACAAAUCUGUUCGUGGAGGAUUGGGUCUGUACUGGAGAGGAGAAGGCAGUGAUCGUGGCAGUGCUUCAUCAUCAGAACAUCAUGAGAUCCUGCUCUUAUUGCAUUUUUAUACCAUUUUUUUUAAGCUUUAUCAAUGUAAAAUGUGUCAAUAUAUGCUGUUCUUUUAUACAAACAUAUUAACAGAAACAUAUUUUAUAAUAAAAAUUACAAGAAACUUG